AUGGUCGGGGUUAUACCAUCAACUGGCGGCGAGGAAUUUGAAAGCAGCCUGAGUGAUAUGGAACAUCGAGAUACAUGCAAUUCCCCGCCAUCAGCGACACCAGCGGGUCACGCGUUGCGGUCCCCGAAGCCUAGGCAAUGGACUGGGGCGCCACGGCGUAGAGCCUCACCUGAUCUUCCGGUUCCCAUCCUCGAGACGGCGCUGCGGGCGGAGAACGUCGGGCCGCCGAGGGGCGCUCCGCCCCCCAGAGUGGGCGCCGGGCAGAGCCUAGUGACGGUGGCAGAGGACGUGGCGCAGGUGGCGGGCGGCGAUGCGGAUACACUGCCGGAGGACGCUGGCGAAGCGGCGAGCGUGAGUGCGGUAGACGCCAGGGAGGCGUGGUGGGGUGGCGCCAGCGGCGGCGGUGACGCUGGCGGCGGAGACACACUGGCGGGCGGCGGCGGCGGGGGCGGCGGCGGCGAUGGCGGGCGGUGGCGAGAGUCGUGGGCUUCCGGAAAGAAGGCCGCCGGCAGCUGCAGUGUGGCGGGGCCCGGCGCCGCCCACGGCAGUGACAGCGGCAGCACCGAAGACAGCUCGGGCGCCACGGUGGCCGCAGAUUCGGGCGGCGGCAGCACGGACGCCGCCUCGUGCAAGUCUGUCGUCGGCGCUUCCGAAGGCGGCCGGAGUAACCAGGGGGCGGGCGAAGGUGGGCGGGGGAGGCAGGGGGGAGAGCGGGGGGUGCCCACCGAAGAAGCCUCCAACGACGCCACCGUAACACCAAGUCUUUGCUUCCACGGGUCACAGAUUUUCCAGCUGAAGCACGGCCUCUCUCUCGCUUCCGGUCACAGCGUUAAGCCUUAG